AUGAAGACGUUGCUGCACAGCUGCUGGGGACAGUGCCACCCCUGCUGUUUCCAGAAACGUUUUCUCACUUGCUUUAUACGGCAGGCUAGAGGGGCUAGUGAGCAAUAAAGCAAUUUAUACUUCUGUCUUUUUCCCAAGGAGGAAAGAAUACAGCCAAUCAAUUUCGCUUCGCAGCCUGGAACUUUCCACCAGAGACCUGAGCGAGUCAGGGAGUUGGCGAGCUGGCUGAAGCACAAGUCAUUCUCAUUCAUUGGUGACCAGGGUCUGCCGGAGAAGAUGAAAGAGUGGUAACGUUGCUUCCCUGGAUGCAAAAAUGUUCAGCUGGCUGGGCAAUGAUGACAGGCGGAGGAAAGACCCUGAAGUCUUCCAGACAGUGAGUGAGGGUCUUAAAAAACUGUACAAAACGAAGCUUCUCCCUCUGGAAGAAUACUACAGAUUCCAUGAGUUUCAUUCGCCUGCCUUGGAAAAUGCUGAUUUUGACAACAAGCCUAUGGUCCUGCUUGUGGGGCAGUAUUCAACUGGGAAGACCACCUUCAUAAGGUACCUUCUGGAACAAGAUUUCCCUGGGAUGCGGAUCGGACCAGAGCCUACCACAGACUCCUUCAUUGCCGUGAUGCAGGGGGAUGUGGAGGGCAUCAUCCCUGGAAAUGCACUGGUUGUGGAUCCCAAAAAGCCUUUCAGGAAACUUAACGCCUUUGGCAACGCCUUCUUGAACAGAUUUGUAUGUGCCCAACUGCCAAACCCGGUACUAGAGAGCAUCAGUGUUAUCGAUACACCAGGGAUCCUUUCUGGAGAAAAACAAAGGAUUAGCCGAGGCUAUGACUUUGCUGCUAUCCUAGAGUGGUUUGCCGAGCGGGUGGACCGCAUCAUUCUCCUCUUUGAUGCCCACAAGCUAGACAUUUCGGAUGAAUUCUCACAGGUCAUCAAAGCCCUGAAGAACCAUGAGGAUAAAAUAAGGGUUGUACUCAACAAAGCUGACCAGAUUGAGACCCAGCAGCUUAUGAGGGUUUAUGGUGCCCUCAUGUGGUCUCUGGGGAAGAUUGUUAACACACCUGAGGUUAUCAGGGUCUACAUUGGUUCCUUCUGGUCCCACCCAUUGCUCAUCCCAGAUAAUCGCAAGCUCUUCGAGGCAGAGGAGCAGGACCUCUUCAAAGACAUCCAAAGCCUACCCCGCAAUGCAGCCCUUCGGAAACUGAAUGAUCUCAUUAAACGGGCACGGCUAGCCAAGGUCCAUGCUUACAUCAUUAGCUCACUGAAGAAGGACAUGCCAUCCGUUUUCGGCAAGGACAAUAAGAAGAGAGAACUCGUGAACAAUUUAGGAGAGAUAUAUAGGCGGAUCGAGCAGGAGCAUCAGAUUUCACCAGGAGACUUUCCUAAUCUGAAAAAGAUGCAAGAGCAGCUGCAGGCUCAGGAUUUCAGCAAGUUCCAGCCUAUAAAGACCAAGUUGCUGGAUGCCGUAGAGGAUAUGUUGGCCUAUGACAUUGCACAACUCAUGGUGCUGGUACGCCAGGAGGAGUCCCAGAGGCCUGUCCAGAUGGUGAAAGGAGGCGCCUUUGAAGGCACCCUGCAUGGUCCCUUUGGGCAUGGCUAUGGCGAAGGAGCAGGAGAAGGAAUUGAUGAUGCAGAUUGGGUGGUGGCCAGGGAUAAGCCCAUGUAUGAUGAGAUCUUCUACACAUUGUCACCUAUCGAUGGGAAAAUAACUGGUGCUAAUGCCAAGAAGGAGAUGGUGAGAUCCAAGCUGCCUAACACAGUGUUGGGCAAGAUAUGGAAACUGUGUGAUAUUGAUAGGGAUGGGUUGCUGGAUGAGGAGGAGUUUGCUUUGGCUAAUCAUCUCAUCAAAGUCAAGUUGGAAGGUCAUGAGCUUCCCAAUGAGCUUCCAUUCCACCUCAUCCCUCCAUCUAAGAGGAAGUUUGCAGGAUGAGGGCCAAAGCAGACAUGACUUUAAAUGUGUGUCUUCUUUUCAUUUUUACUCUAAGGUAGGUGCAGAGACCCUGAUCUAUAUCUUAAAAGCCCCU